GCAGGAGUGCACGACGGCGCGUGUUUAUGACAACACAGCUGGCGGUGUUCAGCGAGGCUGUGAAGCUGUCUAGAAGCUGUCAUCACGUUUUCCUGGCUCCUGCGAAGCUGUAUACUGGGUCUUCUGCGGGGUUAUACCACGAUCUUGCGUACUCUUGCACUGCUUGUGUUCCAGAGGUGUUCCAGACGCAGCUGCCAGAAUCAGGAGAGCAGCAUGUAGAGACGAGUCCAGCUGGGAGUGCAACCAACCUGACUUAGUCCAGAUUGUUGCUCAACCUCGAGUCUUCAUGUAAAACCUGUGUGUGUGGAGAGCAUUGAGGAGAUCAUGGGGCCUGGGGCUUGGAGGUUGAUGGUGGUGGUGGUGGUUGUUGUUGCGGUGUCUGGCCAGGCCCAGGGCUGGAGUUCGGAGGAGAUGCAGUUUUUCGACACUAUCGAAGAGGUCAAUCAAAAUUUUUAUGAGCUCCUCGGGGUGCCACAGGAUGCACCACUAGGAGAGAUUAAAAAAGCUUACCGAAGACUAUCUCUCCUGACUCAUCCUGACAAGAAUGAUGCACCUGAUGCAGAGGAAAAAUUUCGGCAGCUUGUUUCUGUUUAUGAAAUUCUUCGGGAUGAAGAGCAGCGAGCACGUUACAACCAGCUGCUAGUGGAUGGUUUGCCCGAUUGGCGUUCAGCCAUCUACUACUAUCGGAAAGCUCGCAAGAUGUCGAUGGUGGAGAUAUCUAUUAUUCUUACAGUCGUUAUAUCCAUCACACAGUACCUUAUGUCCUGGGGAUCGUACAUAGACAAAAAGCAUUGCAUGGAAGAAUGUUUGAUGAAGAAAUAUAAGAUCAAGGACAGGAAGAAAAAGAAAGCGGAGGACUUGGAGAACAUACUUCUGAUGGAGGAGGAGCUGGGCGAGAUCCCUAAGCCCAGUUGGUGGAAUAUUCUGCCCAUACAACUUGUGAAGCUCGUGGUGUAUCUAGUGACAAGCAGUCCAACAAUUGUUCGAGAAAUCAUGGCGAUGAUGAAGGAGCAGCGAGAGAGAAAGUUGCAGGAAAAAAAGGAUAAAGAGGAGGAAGAUAGGCGGAAACAAGAAGAGGAAGAGAAGCGUAAAGAGAAGAAGGCGAGUCGGAAAGAAGCACGAAAGAGAGUUAACUUGCUUCCAGACCUCUCUAAUGGGGAAUGUGUAUUGGAAGCUGUAGAUGGACCAGAAUCUGAAGGACAGCCAGUGAGACGAGUUAGGCCAGUCACUUCUUCAGUUCCUGUGAUCACUGGGGGUCCGUGGACGGAUGAGGACUUCAGUGAACUUGCUCGCCUUAUGGCAAAAUUUCCAGGUGGCACUGUUGAACGAUGGGAACGUAUCGCAGAUUUAAUGGGCAGAACUGUGUUUGAAGUUACUAAAAUGUCCAGUAAAGUGAAGGCUCGCUUAAUGCAAAAACCUUCACAGAUUGAAAGUGAUGAAACUUUACCAGAAGUUAAGGUAAAAGUGAAAACUAAAGCUGAGAAGACAGACCUUGCUGCAGGAAGUGAUGAAAUGUGGAACCCCACGCAGCAGAAGGCCUUGGAAAAAGCACUGAAGCAGAAUCCAAAGGGCACUGACCAGCGCUGGGACAAAAUUGCCCGAGCUGUACCUGAUAAGACCAAGGAAGACUGCAUGUUGCGCUUCAAGUUUCUUGCCGAGAAGAUCCGGAAGAAAAAAUCGGAGGAAUCUGAAAAGCAAGAGACCGAGCAACAGGAGGAGCACUCUCCACAGGAAGAGACGGAUUCCAUCCAUGAGAACAGUGACAGCAAAUUCUCUGAAGAGAGGGUAAAUACAGGAGGCAGGAAACCUAAGCGCAAAAGAAAAUCAAAACAAAAUGUUGAUUUGGAUGACUAUGACAGAAACUCAAAUGAAGAGGAUGAGGAUGAUGAGGAGGAGGAGGAGGAGAGGCAGGGGCAGUAGCAGCUCAGGAAUAAUAGUUAAAUGAUCAACAUCAAUGGUGCUUUGUCGUAUUUCUGUAGAUAUUCAAUAUUUUAAUACUGAUGACACUGUUUAUUGGUUCAGUAUAUAUGUUAAGGAUAUAUGAAUUGUGAAUAAAUAUGCAUAUCAUCUUCUACAAAACUUGACUGUGGACUGAUAUUGUCACCCCUGUUUAGCCAUUUGCCUUUCCUUUUAUUGAGAAGAUAUAUUUAUUAACUUACAUUCUCAGUAAGUGACCAAAAUUAUCCCGGUUACCAUAUGUACCUCUACAUGUGGGGUUAGGUUCCCUUGAAAUGUUUUAUGCGGUUACUCUAAGUAUAUUCAGUUAUAUAAAAGUGCAGAUAUCUUUUAGUUUAUACUUGCUCUUUUAUGUAGUAAACUUAUUACAAAUACUGUAGAGGUAAAAUAAUUGUAUAAAAAUGAAGUAAAAAAGUAAAAUAGAAGGUGACCCAAAUCACUGCAGUAAAAUUUGCACAAAUUCUUAUACAGGGAGUCAUCAUGUGUCUGGAACAUAAGAUAAAAUGAUGAAACAGGCUUUUAUUUUUUAUUAGUUUAUUUUAUUUUAUUCACAAUGUAUUCAAUGUGUCCACCAUUAUGAUUGAUUCACAAAUGCAGAUGAGGUAUUCAGCGAGUAAUCACAUAUUGCAUGGUGUUAGGGGGUGACGUAUUGUCACUCCUGACAACAUUUUCUGUGCGAGUGCUGAUUGGAUACCUGGUUUGCAUUUGUUGCACCUCUUUGUAGAAAGUCCUGAUUUUCAGGAUGAUCAUAGGUCUUUUGUCUCGUAUGUCCCUUUGAGUCAUUUAUCCCUCGGCAUGAUCCUUGGUGAAUCCAAUACCUUGGAUGUUGCUCGACUUGUGUGUUUUUGUUGUAUUGUUAUUACUUUGCUCUAGUAAUAUCACAUCCUGAGUGAUAUUUUGGACCUUUUGGAUAUCCUGUGACACAGAUGGUGCUUAAUGGUCUUCCAGGCUUGGUGCCGCCUUCUAAUAAUUACUUACUCGUCUGCAUUUGUGCAGUGAUCAUAAAUAGUGGACACAUAAACACAAGAGAGAUUCGUGCCCAAACAAAGUAGCUACCACAUUUUGUUUGUGUUAUUAUUUUGUAUAAUAAAUUUGUACAAAAUAAUAGCUGGUUUCAUCACAUAGUCCUAUGAUUCCAUUCUUAUGGGAUAUGCUGUACUAAUCACACUUGCAGCAUUUUGUGAUGGAAUUGUUGAAACAAGUUGAUCAGUACACACACAGA